AAGCACUUUGUAAGCUGAAUUAUUUACAAUAAUUUCGUCCUCAAUAAUUGCGAAUUUAUCUCUUUUUUAUCACUUAAAAAGCCUUAAAAAUGGCCUUUUUGUGUCCCGUUCGGAUCCGUCGUGGCAAGAAGAAGAAAACUGUAAACACGGACAAUGUCAAUAUGGGACGCAUAACUGGUUCCGCGAGCAUCGAAACCCUCGUUCGUGUUGGCAUCGAAAAGGAAAUCGGUCUGUCUCCGGACUCGAAAAUGGUGGUGCUGCAUGACUUUAGUCCCUGCGUCGAUGACGAGUUGGAGGUGAAACGCGGCCAAAUCGUGAAUAUUUUGUAUCGGGAGAACGACUGGGUCUACGUGAUCGGGCAGGAAUCGCGACAAGAGGGUUUCAUACCGCAUUCCUACUGCGCCCCGUACACGGAACUCUCGAAUCUGGCGAUCAAGAAGAAACUUUCGCGUGACAUCAACAGUAUUAGUUCGCCGGACAUCACGGAAAUUGAGGUGAUUGAGGAGAAUUCGUUGCAACAUUCGCAAAAUAGCUUAUCGGAACCGGAUUUUUUGAUGCCUUUUGCGAAAGAUCCGAGCGGCAGGUAUAUCGUACUUUACACAUUUAUCGCUCGUGACGAGAACGAUGUCUCUGUGGAACGUGGGGAAUUUGUCACAGUUCUUAAUCGUGAAGAUCCAGACUGGUUCUGGAUCGUUCGGAGUGACGGCAAUGAAGGAUUUAUUCCGUCCGGGUUUGUUUAUCCGGCGGAACAAAUUUUGCAGGGACAACAGCAGCAACAACAACAACAACAAGGUGCCAAUAAAUCCAUGGGAAAUACGAAUGUGGCGACAAAUCAAGCGCAACUCAAUCAAACUGUUGGCGUGGGACUCACAGCAAACAAUUUGCCAGAUGUGCCGCAGAUGGAUUUGGCGCCGACGACACAUCCGCAACACGGAACGGAACUCAUAAUGUUGUACGAUUUCAAGUCACAGGCAUCGGAUGACCUCGGAGUUCGACGUGGCGACUGGAUUUAUGCCGAUUUAACAACGCAAACCGUCGAAGGAUGGCUCUGGUCGUACUCGCCGAAGACACGAAAGUACGGAUUUAUCCCGAAAGCGUAUGCGAGACCGCUUAACAAAGCCUUGACGAAUCUCUAAAGACUUACAAAAAUGAUAUAGAUUUAAGGAAAAGUGCCUUUUUUACACGAAAAAUACUCAAAGGGAUGGGCUGGACUGCUUUUUUACUACGAAUUUUUUACGCAUUUAGACGGUUUCAUAUGAAACUCAAAAAUAAGGUCCGAAAUUUUUUUGAAAACAAAAAAUUUUCACGUAGGAAUUUAAGUGAUUCGAUGAUU